CCCCCCCCCCCCCCCCCCGCGCGAGAGGGAGUUGGUUUCAGACCACCCGUCGACCGACCGACCGACACCGGCGGCAACAUCCACGCGCGCCGAAAAACAGGUGCACGGCUCCAUCACACGGACGCGCCGCGCCGCGCCGCGCCAGCUUCCCCCGAGCCGCGUUCAAGUGCUCGCACUUUGUUUUCGCUUGCGUCUGUUCGAGCGGAGGACUUCAGCAAAAACGCACAUGGAACAAGAGGCGGAAUGUGCUGGUGACACGCUGCGGAGUGAGUGGAGGGAGAAGCCGCAGUCGUUCUGAUGCAUCGAACGGGGAGAAAGAUCUGGGAAUAAAAUCUUGACCAGGAGGAGCGACUCAUCACGAGCCGAGGGAAGAGGAGGGAAAAGGCGCUCACCUAUACCUGACUCUUCUCAGCGAGUCUCCAGUCUGUUGAUUUUAUGAAGGAAAGUGUGUCCCCCUGCUGUAGAUCAGUAAGAAGUGCUCUUCAAUAUGAAUACAGAUAGCGGAGGAUGCGCUCCCAAAAGCGUGGCCUUGUCCCUCACACUCUCUCCCAUGAAGAGGGUCCAGAGCUCGCCAAAUCUAGCCUCAGGGAGUGAUUCUCACUCAUCAGACUUGGAUUCUUGGCGGUCACGCAGCGCAACAGAUGGCCUUAAGAACGGAGACGCCAGCAGCUCAUCUCUCGCUGCCAAAGGCUUUCGGAGUGUCAGACCCAACCUGCAGGACAAAAAGUCACCGACACAGGAUUUCAAUCACAUGCCACUGCCGCCCCCCAGGAAAGAGAGUUUCCACUUCUCGCCCACUGGCACUCAUCCACCAGACUACAGCUCCCUCAUUGCCCUGGCUAAUGACUCAGGCCCUGGAAUGCUAACGUUCACUCAGAAUGAGAAAGCAGUUUUGAAAGAGUCCUACACGAUUAAUAGCACAUCUUCUUACUCCUACGCAGAGACCUGUGCGAACCCAGUCCUGCGCGAACACCAGCACAAUGAUAUUAGCAACUGCAUCGCCCCUGCCACCUCUAAUAAACUGGCCCAGGAGCGUAAGGUGUCGUCCCUCAAACUAACCCCGGUCACCAUCCCUGACCCUCCUGCACACCUCAACUCCUACUCUGAUCCCCAAACUAAGACCCAGACCACAAGUUCCCCUCCACCCACUUCCCGACCUCCACAAAGGGGCCCGGCUCUCUCUCAGUCCCUGUUGCAGACGGCCUCGCUCUCUGUCCACUUGGGCCCCUCAAGUCCAGCUGGGUCCCAGGUGGAGAUGACGACGCCUCCUCCCGCAGUUCCGCCGAGACCUUCUCCUGCAAAACUGCUGGGCCCUGCGUCCCCCAACCCCACAGCGCAGCACUCCCCUUACCACAGCUCAGAAACACUCAACCACCUGCCAGGCCUCAUGCCCAAGACCCUAUCGCCCACCCCGUAUGUCCCUAGCGGAGCAAGCGGUGCGGUCAGUGUGAGCGGCGGUGGCUACGCGUCGCCCUCGGCCUCUCCCGUGACAGUGUCGGCUCUCAGCCACUACUCGUCUUCCACGGCGGGCCUGCUGGACGAGCUGCAGAUCUGUAGUCUGGACACGCCCGGCGCCUCACCCACGCCGUCGCCCACCCUCAGCCUUGUCUCCACCUACAUGUCCACCGCUGGCCCCGAUGAUGUGCUAACAACCUCUGUGGCCUCCACUGCCGCAGCUGCCACUGUCACUAACGGCCAGGUCCUCUCUCACGCUAUGAAUGGGAGUGCGAGCCAUCCGCAGAGACCCCUCUCUCCCCCGUCCUACCCUCCUCUCCCCGCCUCGCUCCACACCGGGCUCCAGAGACGGAGCAGGAGUUCGGGGGGCAGCGAGUCUGUCACGAGAGAGUCGGUGGUGUCGGGCCACACCAGCGUCAGCAGCACCGUGCCCAUCGCCUGCUUCUCAGAGGAAGAGAAAAGGGUUUCCGUCAUCAAAGCCCCUCACUUCGAAGGCAUCGGCCCCAUAGACGAGUCCGGCAUCCCCAUUGCCAUCCGCACGACGGUGGAUAGGCCUAAGGAUUGGUAUAAAACCAUGUUCAAACAGAUCCACAAGGUUCACAAAGCAGACGAUGACUAUUCCGACACGUACAAUGCAACAUAUGCUGUCAUAAACAAUGACGACUACAGCCUGUCAUCCACCGCCACCAUGGCCCACCCGGCACCCCGGACGCAUACGUACAGGCCGCUGUCCAAGAGCCCCUCAGACAACGGAGGGCAUCUGGGGCCUCGGGAGCCUUCCCCAUCCCCUGUGCCCCCACCUCCUCCACCCAUGCCUUCCCUCCUGCAGCUAAGGGCCAGAGAAAGCGAACGCGACAAAGACUCCCCGGACAUGAAUGAAUGGGGUCCUCCCGACAGGAAAGUGGACACACGAAGGUACCGCGCAGAGCCCAAGAGUAUUUUUGAAUACGAGCCUGGGAAGUCCUCUAUUUUGGACCAUGAGAGACCAACCUAUGAUGACAUAGAUUUAGAGAACGAGCCUUGGUAUAAGUUCUUUUCCGAGCUGGAGUUUGGGCGGCCGCCUCCUAAAAAACGGCUGGAUUAUAAUCCAGACAUCUCCGCUCGCCAGCACAUCGAGACAUCCCUGCACAUCGCUCCCGCCGACAAGGCUCCUGAGAGAGCUGCGAGCGCUGCCAGCGACUACAGGAAGAGAAGGAAGUCUGAGCCGUCGAGUUCCCAAGUGAAUGCUCAGUCUCAGAGCAGAGCUGCACUUUCCCCCAAACCAGUGGAGGCCUACAGACCGAGCAGCAGCAGCCUGAAGAAGCCCGUCAUCCGUUCCUCACCAUCCUCACCCUCCAGAGCCAAAGGUGGGGACGCAUGCGACAUGUAUUCAAACAGUUUGACCUCCCCAGGUCCUUAUCAGGGCCCCUUUGUGCCCCCUGUCCCCUCUGUCCCCGUCCAUUGCCCCGAGGACGGCAGCCAGGAUGGCAGCUCCUCCUCCCAGCAGUCUGUCUACUGUAACAACAGUUGGCAGACCAAGCACCAGGACGCCGAGACGUGGACCAGUGUGGAGGAGGCGGCGGCGGUGCCGCCGCCCUCCUCUGGCAAACUAAGGUCCCGCAGCUGUGACGACUUACUCAACGAUGGGCAUUCUGGCCCGGGUGGGCGCAACGCCACUCGCUCAGAAAGUGCCGGUUCACUGGUGUGCGAUGCGAAUCCUUCAGGUUCAACUGGAUCCGCUUCCACUCGCUCAUUACCACGACUCCACCGGCGGCGGGCGCACGAUUCGCCGGGCUUUCUCCAGCUCUAUCGCAAAAUGCACCAGAUUGACCGAGCCCAGCUCAUCCCGUCCGACGUCAUCCGCUCGGUCCGUGCUCGUAUCCUCGAACUCGAGCGUCAACCUCACCUGCAUCGCCAUCGCCUCUUUCCUUGGACGCCCUCUUGGGGCGUGGAGGUGCCGCACGACAUGGUGCCAAACCGCAUUACUGAGUACGAGCGCCUUAUUCAGAAGUCCAAAUCCAUGCCCAACUUGGGCGACAGUGAGGUGCCUUCAGGCACGACGACGCCAGGUGGCUCAUCAUCUCGAGCUAGCAGUGGUGGCGGUGCCACACCCAGUUUCCCCAAACGCCGUUUUUCCAUUGAAUCUUUACUAGAGGAAGACAACAACAACGGCAACAGCGGAACAGUACCUCAAACCAUGGAUCACUUGCAGCCUCGUAGCCCACCUGAGGGCCAGCCUCGUGGACCAGAGCCCAGCCGCGGUCGGUCCUUUCCUGCUCCUCCGGUCCCCCAAAGCCCGCAGGCCAACCCGGACUACUCUGACAGCGAACAAGACGCCUUUGCCUCAGACCUCAGUGACUUCAUCCAGGUGGAGGGCUCCUCAUUUUGCAGCGAGAGCGAUUUUGACCAUUGCUCGCUGACCUCCUCUGAGAGCUUGUACGGCUCUUCCACCCUUCACCACCACCACCUCCGUCAUCACCACCACCAUCACCACCACCACGCCGGUCACCAAAAUCUCGGCCAGAGCCAGGGCUAUCAACACCGUCACCUCAUAAGCACCUGCAAAGGCCGCUGCCCAGCCUCUUACACCCGUUUCACGACCAUGCUCCGCCAUGAGCGGGAGCGAGCGCGUCAGGAGAACCAGAGACCUUCACAGCCGAGCCGCAGCAGCCAUUCCCAAAUCCAGAGCGCGCAGUCUCAGCAAGCGAUGUCCAAGCUGGCCUUCCUGGUCAGCCCAGUGCCUUUCCGCAGGAAAAAGGGCUCACCACCUACCUCUAAAAGAAUCAGCGAUGGCGGAGGUCGGGGCAGCAGACCCAAGUCCAAACAGGCCAUUUAUGAAGCGCUGGAUGCGGCGUUGAGAGACAUAUAUGAGCACAUACAAGCAGAGAGAGGCCACAGGGGCACCAGGGCGCCAGACGACAGCAUCCUGAAGAGAAUACUGGCCGAGCUGCUGCCAAAUGUGCCUGAGCGGAGCUCCUCGUUGCGGGGGAGGAGGGGGGGUUGGCACGGGGGUCACUCCUCCGCGUCGUUGUACCCAGACGGAAGCCCCACUGGGUACGCCUCGUACAGAGAGGAUCCGUCCACACCGCCGCUACAGUCACCGAUCAGUGCCUGCUACGGACGCCAUUCAGACACCUCAAACAAUAAUGAAUAUGGAGAGGAGCAGGGCAAUGGAAAUGCUCUCUGUUAUUCAGACCAGGAUGUCUCCAGGAGUUAUUCCACUUUGGACGGACGCCACACACCCCAGAGUAGAAGACCUACUCCUGACAGAGAGGUCUCCCAUAAACAGAUGACACAACUUAUUCUGUUCUCUCUCCUCCAUCAGAAACAGCCCGCAAGAGCCAUUUAUGAUUUUAAUGCACAAACGGCUAAGGAGCUGACAUUUAAAAAGGGUGAUGCAGUAAACAUCAUCAGGCAGAUAGAUACCAACUGGUACGAAGGGGAGCACCGAGGACGGGUGGGGAUAUUCCCCAUAUCGUAUGUAGAGAAGAUGCCGUCCACAGAGAAGCAGCAGCCGAUCCGUCCUCCUCCGCCAGCACACGUCAGAGAGAUCGGAGAGGCAGUGGCACGCUUCAACUUCAACGCCGACACUAACGUGGAGCUGUCUCUCAGAAAGGGUGAGAGAGUAAUUGUGAUAAGGCAGGUGGAUCAGAACUGGUACGAGGGCAAGAUCCCAGACACAACCAAACAGGGCAUCUUUCCUGUGUCCUACAUUGACAUCAUCAAGCGCUCCCCGUCCAAGAGCCCCGCCCAUCACAUAGACCCGCGUGGUCACUCUGGCAGCAGGACGCCGAGCAGCACACCCAUCAAGCCUUUCUACCACCUACCUCCAUCCUCCGCCACCUGUGACCUCCCGUCCCCUCACCCCUCGUUGAGAAGGCUUGACCUGCAAGCCAUCACCAACGACUGGCUGUCGCUCACAAUGGGCCCGUCAGCAUCCACACCGGUUCACUCCCGCACGACCACCCCUGUACCUCCCACACCUCCCCCUCUUCCACUUGACCUUGCAUCUCUUCAAACAGCUCAGGAGCCCAUGACACCUUCACCCUCACCCGCACCGUCACUAAGAGGCUUUGCUCUUCCGCCCCAGACAUUUUGCAGAACUCCACCUUUCAGAGAAGGGAGACUCGGUUCAGGUCACACCCCAGCUGUUCUGCCUUUUUCCCAACCUCCUCAUCCUCCUCCUCCUCCUCCCCCCCCCGCCUCUCAUUCCUCACUCACCUCUCCAUCAAGUGACUCUUUGCUCCAAAACAACAGCAGCCGCAGGGGGUUCACAGAAACAGCCCAAAUGUCUUACAUUGCUAAGCCGGAGGUUUUGUUCUGCACGACACCGGAGCGAAUAAAGUCACCCACGCAAAUUCCACAGUGGCACAAAUUCACCGCACCAGUAAACAAAAGCACCAAAACAACCGUUACCCUGCGAGUAAAAGACCCUUAUGACGAGUUGUUAUCUAUGAUCCUGGAUGGUUCUUCCAGCACAGACGAUGUUGACUUUUCAAGAUUUUCUCCGAUAGAUUCCCCACCGGCUACACCAACUGAUGAAUCCCAGAGCAGGUUUGAGUUAAAAGCAGACGAGUCAUAUCACCCGGCAGGGAAACCCCCAGCAGUCACUGCAGCCAGCAAACCAGCAGGCGGCGUUCGGUUAGAGGUGCAGGUUCACAAGCCUGUGACGAUGGCGCCGCUGUCCAUCAGCUGGGGCGGACUGCCAAAAACGUCCACUGAUGACGAACCAGUCAAGUCUCAAAGUCCGCCGUCGGUCAAGGGGAAGGGAUUUACUGAGCUGUUCAUUGAGGAGGAGGAAGAUGUUUUAGAAGAGAAAGAGGAGGAUGUUAGAGAUUUGAAUGAAAGACUCAGUCCACAGGCUGAUGUCUCUCCGUCCACCCUGACACGGCUUUCUCACCCCAGCGCCUCCUCACCCUCUAUAGCACCACCACCACCUCCACCCCCGCACUCUUCUACCCCUUCGUUUUCUCCUCCUUCGUUUUCUCCUCCUUCGUCUUCUCCCUCGCGUUCACAGCAGCAUGAUCACAACACCGUCCCUACGUCUCCCCCUCGCUCCCCUCAGCCCCCGUCCCUCCCUCACCUCUCACUGUCGCCCUCUCCACCUGUCUCACCCCCUCCCCUCCACUCCUCUCACCCCUCUCCUGUCGUCCCCCCCCAGCGUUCUGUCCCCCAACCCUCAAACUCCCCCUGUCCUUCUCGUCCGUUCGCGUCCGUCCCUGACUCGGAAUCGCCCGUAAGCCUUCCCACCCGGUCGCCCCCUAAACCCGCCUCUCCUCCCCUCGCCACUCCAUGCUCUCCCCCGACUCCCCCCACCGUGCCCCAUCCAGGACAUAGGUCUCCCAAGGUGAAGGAUCCAGUUGUCGGUGGUAAACCUCCCCGUAGCCCCAUCUUGUCCCGGAGGUCCUAUCUGUCAUCCGUUAGAGGUCGAAGGCGAUUAGUACAGGACGCGCUCCACGGCGGAGGAGACCCAUACCAGGCCGUGUACAACUACACGCCUCGCAACGAGGACGAGCUGGAGCUGAGGGAGGGCGACAUCGUCGAUGUGAUGGAGAAGUGUGACGACGGCUGGUUUGUCGGGACCUCUCGGAGGAGCAAGUUGUUUGGAACCUUCCCAGGAAACUACGUGAAGCAGCUAUAAUGAUGAUUCCAACCCUCCUCCUCAGCCUUGGCCCCGCCCCCUGCUGUGACACGUUCAUCGCCCUCAGCAAAGCACCUGCAGGACCCCCCCCCCCCCAGCAGUCAGCAGAGACCUGUCGCACAUUGUGUGUGUGUGUGUGUGUGUGUAUGUGCGUGCGUGGCUCGUCGGCGUCACACAAACAGAACAUUUAGCUCCAACUCGCCAUCUUUAACGGAAGACUUCUAUGAUAUAAUGUUGUUGUUUGUUUUGUUUUUUUAAAAUCUUUUUAUCCUCAUUUUUCUAACAUGGAGAACUCAAACUCUUUUUGUGCUCCAGUGACUGACCUUCAACUGUCGACGGCGACGGAGCGAUCGCAGGCGCUCGUCGGCGGCGAACGGUGCGAGGCAGUGGCGUGCGCUCUUCUUUCUGUUUCGACUGUUGGAGGGCAGGAAGAUCCCCACUGUCUCCUCGUUUUUUAUUUUAUUAUUUGACAAUGUCUUUAAAAACCUUGUCAAAUUUCAUUUCAGUGUUCAUCUACAACAAAGACAUCCGGUGCAGAGAGUCUGUCGCACCAACAGUAUUCUGUCAGCAGGUCUGUUGUAUGGAGCAUGUGGAACCUGACGUGUGUUACCCAGUGUAUUGAUUAGUUCACAUCCGAGGAUAUCGUGAAUCGUGAUCGAGUAAAGAUUUUAAAUUUUGCAAAACGAGAAAGUGGAAAAACACAAUCUGAGCCGCUCUAAUGCAUUCGAUUUAAAGUUUUAAUAUUAGAGAACACAAAUAUUUUCAACUUGUUCUUCAUCUUCACACUAGGAUUGAUGCACUUUAACGAAAAUCUAACACAAUUUUGUGUUUUUGUUUUUAUUUCGAAUCUCACAUCAGAUAUUACACUCGAGAAGUUAUCAUGACUGUGGGUCUUUUUUGGGAGGGGAGGGUAUUGGCCAUGUGUGUAAAAGUGUAUGCAAAAAGGUGACUGGCCUUUUUAGGUAUUAUAUUUAUUAGAGGAACGAACGCAGGUCAAACUAUGUCGUGAGAUGAUUUUAGAACAUGUUGCUCUUUUUUUUAAACAUAUUCUCUAACAAGCAGCGAGCCCACAUUUUGAAGGAUUGUUAUUUCAUUGUCACGUGUCGUCGCCCAGUUAGACUGAGGAAUAACGUGAAUCAUCAGGUGUCAUGUUAUGUUGGAAUUUAUUUAAGUCUGUUACAGGAUGAGAUCAGAAAGUUCAGUCAUGUAUGUAACUUCAGUUUGUUUUGUUCCCCCCCACUGGACUUUUGAAUAGGUAGCGUGUCACUGUUCAUGUGUUUAUAUACCAUUUGGAAUUAUUGGCAAUUCCCAUUUUUAGCUCAGUCACGCACAGCGAAUGGUCUUUGUUUUUUGUUUUCGUUUGUUUGUUUUUCUCAUUUUUUUGCGUUUCACAAAAGAUGGACACUGACAACGGAAAAAUGUUAAAGCACCUUAAAGUAUAUUUUGUUUCAUCAUUCACUGUCCUUCAUGUCAGCCCUCUCCCUCUCUCAUCCACUCGUUCACAUGGUGUGAGGACACGUUGUGUGUUUGUGUGUCUGUGGUGUUUUUGUAAGCCCUUUUUGUAUGAGAGCUGUAAAAUGGCCGACAUCCACUUGCUUUAUAAACUCAAGCUUUUUCUCACCCACCAUCAUAUUUGGUUUCCUCUCCUUUCUUCACGUUCUCCGUCACCAGUGGUGCUAAUUUCCACCUUUGUUUUCCCUCACAGCUGUUUUAUUGUAGCAAAAACAUUGGGCCUUCUCUUCUCUCUCCAGCUCUGUGUGGUUUUAAAUACGCCAGUGACGUAUUUAAACUGAAGUGACCGUAGGUAGAUCGAGUACUGAGUUGGUGACUGCUGCCUUACAUCCAACUCACAAAUUGAAUAGCCAUGUAUAUGUAAACCUCUUCUGUGAUGCAAAAAAAAAAAAUUCAUAAUAAUAAUUCAUGCAUAUGUAGUGUAGAAAACAUCAGGAGCGCGUAUGACGGUGUGCACUUGAACUCUCAGUGAGCGUCCGGUCUUUGAUACAACCGUAGGAGCAGAGGACAUUAAUUUGACUCCUGAUGUGUUUAUACGUGUAAUGAAAAUGUAAAAUCUUAUAUGUUUAUUCAUAAUAAUAUCAAAGCCAGUGCACACUCUUGGACCUAAGUAUUUCUACAAUAUCUUAGCAGUUAAUGGAUGAUUUUACGGGGCUGCAUUGCUAAUAAAAUCAAGCUGACAGAUUCAA